GCCUUUUUUGACGUUGGCCAAAGAAGCGUCACGAUGGCCGACCGCCCGCCGACCGUGUUGCCGCCGCCGCAGCAUCUCGGUAGCAAGAGCGACUUUGACGACAUCGAAGAUCUGAUUGAGCGCAACAAGUGCGCCAAGGAGUACUACAAGCUCGAAGACUGCCUCGCCGAGUACGACCGCAACUGGUCCAAGUGCCAAGCGGUCGUCAAGCUCUUGCGCGAGUGCAACGAGACGCGCAACAAGAAGCAGUACUAGUAGCCUGCUUGUUUAUAUAGUAGAAUAACCGUCG